AUGGCCUUCCAAGCCAAUGGAACAGCUCCGGCUGUCAAUGGCCAUGCUUCAGCGUCUGACAUGUCCGUAGACGUUGUCUGCGGCCCUCUCAUCAAUUUCAAGAAUAUGGAUGUCACUCCUUCUUCCUCCGUAUGGCGCGGAAGCAUUCUAAUUGUGACCAAGCCCGGCCUGAGCCAGCCCCAGCUGGUUAUGCGACAGGCGGGUCCGGUCGAUAGCAGUGGCCUCGCCAGUGGCACUCAGCCGAACUCCGAGAGGCUUGUUGCUGACGGACUUCGUCUGUACGAAGAUCCCGACAAAGCAUUCUGGAGAUUCUCAAUCGCUGUAGCGUUGGAGCAGUACGAAGCUCGCUGGGAGUACACUAUUCCGGGCUUUCGAUAUGCGAACGGGGAUGAGCUUCCUCCCCCAUGGGACUUUGUGGUUCCAUCCGUUCACCAGUCGAUGCGCCUGAUGUUUCAUUCAUGCAAUGGUUUUUCCGUGGGCACUGAUAUGAAUGCCUGGGUCGGACCCAACUUAUGGAACGAUGUUAUGCGCAUCCACGGCCAGAAGCCGUUUCAUGCCAUGAUUGGUGGCGGUGACCAGCUUUACUGUGACGGAAUCCGCGUCGAUGGACCCUUAAAGGCAUGGACGGCCAUUGGAAAUCCCCACAAGAGGCGGGCACAUUCCUUUGACAAUGACCUGCGCGCCCAGUGCGAUGAAUAUUACUAUGCGAACUACGUUAGGUGGUAUUCCAUCAAGCCGUUUAAGACCGCAAAUGGCCGGAUACCUCAGAUCAAUAUCUGGGAUGACCAUGACAUCAUAGACGGCUUUGGUUCCUACACAGAUCAUUUCAUGCGAUGUUCUGUGUUUCGUGGAAUUGGCGGCGUGGCUUUCAAAUAUUACUGCUUGUUCCAACACCACAUCGCGCCUCCCAAAUCAACGUACACGACGGACGCUCCGCAAACAAUGCAUGCAGUUAACGGAACCGCGGGUGCUGAUCCUCGGCAGCUGCAGAACACUCAUAUUCUGGAGGGCCAGUCGGAAGACGACAGCUGGAUCAUCGGGAACCGACCCGGGCCUUAUGUCGAGGAGAAGAGUCGAAGCCUCUACAUGCGGCUCGGCAAGCGGCUCGCUUUCAUCGGUGUUGAUGCGCGGACGGAGCGCACGCGACACCAAGUGAACUACCCAGACACAUACGAUCUCAUUUUCACCCGCUUGGAAAGCGAAGUGUUAGCAGCGGAAGGAGACAUUAAACACUUAGUGGUGCUACUGGGGGUCCCGAUCGCGUAUCCUCGACUUGCAUGGUUGGAAAACAUUCUAAGUUCCCCUCUAAUUGCGCCCAUACGCUUGUUAAACAAGAGGUUUGGCUUUGCGGGCGGGCUCUUCAAUCAGUUUGACGGUCAGGUUGACCUUCUGGACGACCUGGAUGACCACUACACGGCACGUCAACACAAGAAGGAGCGAAGAGUAUUCGUUCAACGACUCCAAGACUUUGCUAGGACUCACUCUAUUCGUGUGACGAUCCUGAGCGGAGAUGUGCAUCUGGCAGCAAUUGGCCGGUUUUACUCCAAUCCAGCUCUUAACCUCCAUAGCGAACUGGAUCCGCGCUAUAUGGUCAAUGUCAUUAGCAGUGCAAUCACUAACAAGCCACCCCCCAAGGCUGUAGCCAAUCUCUUGGCGCGCAGAAAUAAACUUCAUCAUCUGGACCCAUACACAGACGAGACUCUGAUGAGCAUGUUUGAUCGACAGCCGGGUGGGCAGGAGAAGAGUGCCUCAUGGAAUAAGGUUACGAUGCCUUCACGAAACUUUGCCUGCAUCACUGAGAUAGAACCUCUUUACACUGAUGGAGAUGCAACGGCUGCGAAUGCGCAGACGACUUCAUUUCCUUUGGCGAAAGACGGUCACUCGCCACUUCACCAGGGUGAAGCUGACGCCGGUUCCGGUCACCCGGCGGCCGAUGGAUAUACCAACAGCGGAAGCAUGCCCGGCGGGUUGGACAUUGCGAUUCGAGUGGAGAUUAACCCACAGAAUACAGAGGGUGCCACCGAUGGUUAUGGCUUCAGCAUUCCCGCGUUGGCUUAUGACCCUUCGAAGGACAUUUCUCGCCCGACUUCACGCGCCCGUUCUCUGCGACCUCAAUCCCUUCGUCCUCCUUCGCGGCAAUCUGCGCGGCCUCAGACAGCCAAUUAA